UAUAUCUAUCAUUUUUAUAGUUUUUACCUUGCUUAAAAUAUUUUAUAAAAAGAAUAUAUUUUAUUAUUAUAUUAGUCACCAUGAGCGACUGCCUGAGGGAAGAGCAGAUUGGUGAGUUUCUGGAAGCCUUUUCUCUUCUUGAUAAAGAUAGAGAUGGUUGCAUAACCAUUGAAGAAUUAGGCACUGCAAUCAGAUCAUUAGAUGAAAAUCCUACGUUGGAGGUGUUGCAAAUUAUGAUGAAUGAAGUUGAUACAGACAGAAAUGGAACCAUAGAAUUCCGGGAAUUCUUGAAUCUCAUGGCAAGGAAACUGAAGGAAAGUGAAGCGGAAGAGGAAUUUAAGGAAGCUUUCAGGGUGUUCGACAAAGAUAAAGAUGGUUACAUAUCACCCAGUGAGUUGAGGUCAGUAUUGAGUACCAUCGGAGAAAAGGUGACAGACGAAGAACUGGAGCAGAUGAUCAAAACGGCUGAUCUGGAUGGUGACGGCCUCGUUGAUUAUCAAGAGUUCGUCAGGAUGAUGUUGACUGUUUAAUCACUAAAAUGAAGCUCUCAUUUUUUUAAAUAUUUUUCAACACAUAUCUUUUAUUGACUCUCAGUAUCUCACACUCUAGAAAUAGUGAAAUCCAUAUGAAUUUCGGUUAAGAGAAUGCAUUCUAGUGCGAAAGAGAGUUUUUUUUAAUUUUAUUUUGAGGGAAGUGAUAGGGAGUUAAAAAGAGUGACAUGUCUUUGGCACUCCUUUUGGAUUUA